AUGUCGUGGCUCGUCGGUUCCAGCAGUUCUACUGAGAAAACCCCCGAACCUACCCCGGCGCCUGCCGAGAAGCCAAAACCCUGCUGCGUCUGCAAAACCGAAAAGACCGCCCGUGAUGACUGCAUGCUCUUCUCGAAAUCCGACGAGCCCCAGCAAGAAUGCAAGUCCAUGAUUGAACAGUACAAGGCCUGUAUGGCUGGAUACGGAUUCAAGGUCUAG